CUCCGCCCUCGUCCUCCGCCAUCCGCCCUCCGCACACGCCCCUCGUGGGCCGCGCAGCCGCCGAUCGUCUGCCAUGCCAUGCACUCGCAGCGCUCGUGCAGCUGCCGCUCGUGUGCUCGCCUCGAGUGCGACGGCGUCAGCGGCGGCACGGCGGCACAGCUUGGCGCGCACGGUUCGCGCUGCCUCUCUGCCCGCUCUCUGACGCCGCCAUCAGCGCCCUCGCCGUCAGCCGUCUGCUUUGGCCCUCCGCCAGCUCGGGCCCACCUGGUGUUGCCAGCCAGUCCCAGGUGCAGGUGCUGGCCUCGUCGUCGUCUCGUCCAUCACCACUCCCCUCUCCCUGCAGCUAGUCCCGUUCUCCCUUCUCCCUUCUCGUCAUCCACGUCUUGCUCUCUUCUCACUCACUCACGUCUAACUACUCGCCUGAUCCUCGGCCCUGCUUGGCAUACAGUUCUACACUCACUACGCCAUGUCUUCGCCCGCCGCCGAGCCACGCCAGGUGCAGCCUGAGCUUCGCAUGGAGAAGCGGCGCCACGCCUUGCGCCAUGCCGCGCACGACCUCGACGAGCGUGGUUUCCUUGGCGACACACUCGGCGGCCUGCUCGGCAACGUCGGCAAGAUCCUCGGCGCUCCUGGCUCGUCACACACAGCUACGUCUGCUGCGCCCGCACCCGCGCAGAGCCAGGCUCCGGUGCAGAGCUCAUCGCCGGCGCCGUCGCAGCCGUCGAAUGGCGGUGGUGGUGGACAGAGCUCCAGCGGCGGGUCGAGCUCGGGCGGCAGCAGCGGUGGCAGCAGCAGCGGCGGCCAGAACAGCGGUAGCUCUGGGUCAAGCGGGUCGCACUCGUCGGGCUCGCCCUCGAACUCUGGGGGCUCUGGAGGAGGCUCGAGCCCGAGCAGCUCGGGCUCGCCCUCGAACUCUGGGGGCUCUGGAGGAGGCUCGAGCCCGAGCAGCUCUGGCUCCAGCUCCAGCAACUCUGGAGGCAGCUCCGGAGACUCGCCAGCGAGCUCCGGCGACAACGACCGCGCGGCCGGCUCAGGCAACAAUCGCUCCACCGACCCGACUGCCAUCCCGUCGUCGAACAGCAGCACCGACGGCGAGGCCCGUGUUGGCUCCUCCGACCAGGCGCUCGCCAACAGCGCCGCAUCGCCAUCGAGCGGCUCUGCAGUGCAGCACGACAACAUUGCCGCGUCGUCGACGGUCGUGUUCGCCGACGGCAGCACCUCGGUCAUUGCGCUGCCGUUCGCCAGCACCAGCGUCAGCGGCACCUCGUCAAACGACAAUGGCAACGCCGGCGACGCCGCGCCAGGCGGCAAGAGCAAGGUGUACAUCCCCAUCGUCGUCGUACUGCUCGGCGCCGCGCUGGCCAUUGUCGUCGUCGUCUUCUUCCGCAAGCGUCGUGCCGUCAAGCGUGCCAACCGCGCCUCGACGUACCCGCCGUACUACAUUGCCUCGUCGCGCUCCAACGCCACCAUGCCACUGGCUGGUCGGCGCGAGCGCGAGCGGCCUCGCAGCAGCGACAGCUGGCUUGCUGGCCAACCCAGCCGGCCGCAGACGAACUACCAUGUCGACGACUCGGUCGACCAGGCGGCGCUCAACGUCAUGCAAGAAGUGCCGCGGUCGGGCUUCAGCGGCGUUGGCACGUACGGCGCCAUCACGCCCGCCAGUCCGUCGCGCUCGGCCACGCAUGGCAACCCGGUCUCGGCACCACUGGCAGCCAGCAUGAUGUACCACCACCCGUUCAGCGCCCAGCACAGCGCCGCAGAUCUCUACCCGUCCGACGCCUCUGCCGAGUCGCACGGCAGCAGUCCCUCUGCGCCCCUCGACAGCCGCACCUCGCACGCUUCUCACUCGCACGCCUCGCACUACGCCGACGCUCUCGAGUCGGCCCGUCCCGCUGGGCUGCACUACGACGGCUCAGCGGAGCAAGGCUACGCCUCGCGAGCCGCUCGCGGCGUCGACGUCGCUGCUGCUCAGCGAGCCGGCGCAGUGCCGAGCUACGAAGUGCUGCAGCGCGACCCCUUCCGUGACCCGCCUCGCUCGGCGGUGGCCGUCACGUUCGCCGAUGCCGUCGAGACGCUCUCCUACGACGACCCCUUUGCCGCCCAGCCGCCCGCCCGGCGCCGGAUCUGAUGGCCUGAUGCUCGCCGUCGCGCUCGUCUCUUCUUGACCCUCUCUCUACCUCUGCCCAUGUACCCUCUAGUUACCCCACGUCACCGUCUGCUCCUGGACUCACCUCGCUGCCGCCGCAUCUCGGCGCGCUCACCACACUCCUUUGCUCUGCUGCGCUGCUGGAUCGUACUCAAUAUAUCCGUAUGC